AUGCAGGCGCACAACAAGCCCAAGGCCAAAGAUGCGAUGGUGCAAAGGGCGCGCAAAGGGGUCAUGCAGCAGGUCAGUGACAUCCUGCUUGAGAUGAAGCGUCAGACCGGCCACCGGAUGAGACGCCGGUUGCUGUUUCAAGGCCGAGUGCUAGGGGAUCAAGAGACUUUGAUGAGCUUGGCGAUUCCAGGCGAAUUGGAAAUGCAGCUGAUUUGCCACCCUUACCAUGCUGAGCGUUUGCAAGAUAGUCAGAUGACUCAGAUGACUCAGACGUUUCACUUCACCUUGUGUGGUGAACAUCAGGUCGGAAAGUCGAGCUUGCUGUGGAGAUAUGCGGAGAAUGUCUUUCGGGAGGAUUUCACACACACGGCAGGCCACAAUUUCAAGACGAUUUCCUUGAUGGCGGAGGACACUCCAGUGAAGCUGUUUUUAUGGGAUUGGCCAACUGGUGAAGAGCGAUUUAGGCCUGCUCCUUCUUUGUUCUUUCGGCAGAAGACUGCAGUGAUGCUCGUGGUUGACCUUACCAAUCCCGCAUGCCUAGAAGAUGUUGAACACUGGCUUUCAAUGAUGAAGCCCCAUUCCAUUCGAACGAAGUUGCUAGUUGGAAACAAGGCAGAUUUGAAUUCAGAGCGCAGGGUUCAGUACGAUGAUGCAGAACGCUUUGCCACUGACCGGGGUAUGUAUUACUUCGAGACCUCUGCAAAAGAGGGGACCGGCAAUGCUGUGGAGAGAAAAGGCCUCAAGAUCCUUAAGCUGCCAGCGACUGCUCAUGUACACGACAUCCUGCGAGAAUUGGUGAGCGACCGCGAUGGCAAGCUCUUGUACCAGGGUCGGGUGUUGGAGGAGCUGGAUUCGCUGGCGAGUUUGGGUCAGCAAGAGCUGGAGUUUCAGUUGAUGCUGCAAGCUCAACACGUGCAAUUUUGCUAUGGAAGUGCAUCCGUCGAGACCUUCAAUGGACUCAAGGAAUGCAAGAGAAUGCAUUUUGCUGUUUGGGGACCUCCACUGGCUGGCAAGACCAGCUUGAUACAGAGAUGUAGCGAGAAUAUUUUCAAUGUCCAGUACCAUACGGUAAUUGGCAUUGACUUCAAGAAGGCCCGCGUGUUUGUUGACCACAGCCCAAUGGAAAUCUUCCUGUGGGACGCGCCUGCUGGGAAAGAGCGGUUUCAAGUUAUGCAAGCAGCGCAUUUACGGGGCAAAGUGGCAGUCCUCUUGGUGAUCGACCUGGCAAGUGACGAGCCCUUCUGGAAGAUGGACCACUUUAUAAAUAGAAUCGAGGAAGCCUCCAUUGUGACAAAGCUUAUGUUGGGCAACAAGCUCGACUUAGAGGCUGAAAGAAAACUCUCCCGGGAAGAUGCUGAACGAUUUGCUGCUGACCGGGGCUUUCAUUACUUUGAAACAUCAGCGAAAGACGGCAGUGGCAUCGAGGACUGUGUUCAGGGGUGA